GUAUCAGCACUCAUGAGCUUAAUGGUCUCUUAGUGGCUGCCGCGUCGACUCCUGUGACAAAGAUUCAUGGCCUCCUGGUGGCCUGCAGCUGCGUGAAGGAAGGGACAGGCCAGGUGCCAGCAUCCCGCGGAGUGUGACGGAAGACCGCGGGAGGGAGACAUUCAGUACAACAAGGCGUCACCCUCCCGUGGACUGGGCAAGCUGUGGCCACGACUUGCUCUAGAAGGUGAAAAAGACGGGUCUCGGUUGUCCCGUUCAAAUCAGGGGCUCCAGGUAUCAUCCUACGCCGGGGGCGUCUGUAACAUGCAAGUCCGGGUGACGUCAGCAGCACGCGGUCGGUGCGCGUACAAGUGCUCCUCCCUCGUCAGCGGUAUUUCGGGGGACGUAGGCGCAUACUCUCCCGAGUGUCAAUUUCUCAGACGCUGCUAAUUAGAUACUUGGGAAAACUCAAGACACGAGGGAAAGAACUUCACAAUAUUCAAGAUGUGGCUUUCCCAACAGUGUCAGUGGCCCCCAGUCCAUCAGAGACGAAGGGGGCCGUCGCGGUCGGGAAAGGCGAAUUUUAGGGAGCCCGGUGGAGGAGACGGCCUCACUUUGGCACAGUGUGGGCAGACGUUUUCCAUGAAGCACGGAGUGUUGUUCCCACACCCACGCAGGCUAUUCUAAUUAAUUUUUCAUGCCAAGGGACUCAAAGUACUUUGUAGCAAUUGGAUCGAUUCCUGACAGUUAGUGGAGUUAAUUGCUUUUUUUUUUUUUUUUUUUUUUUGGAAGGCAGGAAUGCAUAAACUCUUACGGGCUAUUAAAACCUUUGGGGAAAUUAUAUGCUUUCUGGUAACAGCACCAGUAGGAAAACGGUAUCUAAUGUCCUAACAGGGCUCAGAACUGGUGACUCAGUGACAGCCACGUACCUCGUCUAUGUCUAAGCCCUGCGCGUGCAUGAGGAGCCCAGUCUGGGGGAGUCCAGAACUGGAGAGCUCGAGUGCGUUUGCUGACCGUCAUCCGGCGGCGGGGACGGACUCUGAACAGGAGUGAGGAGUGCAGUUGGCCUGUGCCUGCACUUAGGACGCGCAGCGCUGAGAGCACUGCCGGAAUCACCUCGGUGUGUCCCCGCCGGGGGGGAAUAGUCACGUCCCCCACUUUGGAAAGCGGAGCACGGAGAGGAACAAGAGUGUGCUGACACCGUCUGGAAACAUCUGAUGUUCCAACAAAGGAGGAGGCUCCAGCCGGAUGAGUGCGGAAGGCCGCUUCUGCUGCAGGAAUCCUGUUUUUCUAACACCCACCUGGCGAGUGAAUUAGGGACAGCCCCCUCCCCGGGGGGUGAGGAGGCGGGUGAACAGUGUGGAUGCAGAGGUAGCAGAGCUGCUGAAGCCGGACAGGAGACUAAUAGAGACUAAUAGAAAUCCGGAUCACAAAUGAGAGUCUUAAAAAUAAAAGCAAGCUCGGGGGUGCACUCCACAGGGACCAAAGUGCAAAUCCUCCUUCUGAAGUUUAGAGGCAGCGGCCUUGGACGUGUUGGUCCUGGGAUGCAGGGGUGGGACUGAUGGGAUGAAAGGAAAGUGACCCACGCUGGCCCAGGAAGAAAGGGCCUGCCCUGGUUUGUGAGCCCUUCCCGUAGCUCCGCGCUGCAGAGAAGGGGCUGCAGGUCACCGGGAGGCCGUCGGCGCGUUCCCCGGAGGAAGCAUCGGUGCACCGGCCUGGGGACCAAGCCACGGAGACCCUGGCCCCGGGCUGGCCCACGCCUCCGUCAGAAGUUCAGCUGAGACUGCACGGCGCUGACGCACUCCUCCUCGCGGCAGAGGGGAGCGGUGUGGGGGCCGGAGGAACCGUGCACACACAAGUGAAAUCUGAUCGCCGGCCAGGAAAAGCCCGUGAAGCUAGAGCCCCGGAGGCACGGGCGACCUUGCGCAGCCCGAGUCAGGGCGCGGUCAUGGUGGGGUGCUGAGCGCGGGUGCGGCUGCGGCGGUGGCGCAAGCAAGCGUCCCCAUGGAGAACCCCGUGCCCCCCUGCGCCCUCUAUCCCGGGGACGACCGCGGCCGCGGGGCCGAGGCCGGGAGCGCCUUUGCGCAGGGAGCGUGCGGCCAGGCCGGGGGCCGGGGCGGCGCGCCCGCAGCUCCGGGAGAGGGCAGCCUGCAGCCGCCCGACGCGCAGACACCCUGCAGUCUCCGCGCGUCGCUGUGCUUCAGCUCCGGGGACGGCUCCCCGCCGCAGUCUCGCGCCUCCGCGGCGGAAGGCGCAGCGUCCUCCCCGCCCUCGCGUCGCAGCGGCCCGCGGGUCGUGGAGCGGCAGUGGGAGGUCGGCGGCGCCGCCACCGCGUCCGCCGAGCAGCCCGGGGACCCCGAGCAGCGCGCGUCCCCGGAGGAUUCUGUGUCCCCGGAAGAGCCCGCGUCCGCCGAGGAGCCCGGGGACCCCGAGCAGCGCGCGUCCCCGGAGGAUUCUGUGUCCCCGGAAGAGCCCGCGUCCGCCGAGGAGCCCGGGGACCCAGCCCAGCGCCCGUCCCCGGAAGAGCCCGCGUCUCCCGGGGAGCCCGUGUCCACUGAGGAGCCCACGUCCCUGGAAGAGCUCGUGUCUCCCGAGGAGCCCGUGUCCACCGAGGAGCCCGUGUCCACCGAGGAGCCCACGUCGCUGGAAGAGCUCCUGUCCCCCGAGGAGCCCGUGUCCCCCGAGGAGACCGGGGACCUCCCACCAGUGCCCCCGGGCGUCGGGCCGGCGCACGGGGAGCCUGACCUGGUCAUCGAGGUGUCGGGCCGCCGGCUGCGGGCACACAAGGCGGUGCUGGCGGCUCGCAGCGACUACUUCCGCGCGCGCGCGUCCCGGGACGUGCUGCGGGUGCAGGGGGUGGGCUGGGCGGCGCUGCGGCUGCUCCUGGCCUACGCGUACAGCGGGCGCAUGGCGGGCGUGCGACCGGACAACGUGGCCGAGGUGGUGGCCGGCGCGCGCCGCCUGCAGCUGCCGUGCGCCGUGCAGCGCGCCACCGACGCCGUGGCGCCGCAGCUGAGCCUGGCCAACUGCUACGAGGUGCUGAGCGCGGCCAAGCGGCAGCGGCUGUCCGAGCUGCGCGACGCCGCCUACCGCUUCAUGAGCGACCACUACCUGGACGUGCUGCGCGAGCCCGCGGUGUUCGGGCGCCUGUCGGGCGCCGAGCGCGACCUGCUGCUGCGCCGCCGCCUGCGCGCCGGCCGGGCCCGCCUGCUGGCCGCCGCGCUCGGGCCGGCCGGGGAGCGCGCGGGCAGCCGCCCGCAGAGCCCGUCGGGGGACGCGGAGGGUCGGGGCGACGCCGCCGUCUACUGCCUGCACGAGGCGGCCGGCGAGUGGCGCGAGCUGACGCGGCUGCCCGAGGGCGCGCCGGCGCGGGGCUGCGGCCUGUGCGUGCUCUACAACUACCUCUUCGUGGCCGGCGGCGUGGGGCCGGCGGGUCCCGACGGCCGCGCGCGCCCCUCGGACCAGGUCUUCUGCUACAACCCGGCCACCGAGCGCUGGAGCACCGUGCGGCCGCUGCGCCAAGCGCGCUCGCAGCUGCAGCUGCUGGCCCUGGACGGCCACCUGUACGCCGUGGGCGGUGAGUGCCUGCUCAGCGUGGAGCGCUACGACCCGCGCGCCGACCGCUGGGCCGCCGUGGCCCCGCUGCCCCGCGGCGCCUUCGCUGUGGCGCACGAAGCCACCACGUGCAACGGCGCGAUCUACGUGUCCGGGGGCUCCCUCUUCUACCGCUUGCUCAAGUACGACCCGCGGCGCGACGAGUGGCAGGAGUGCCCGUGCAGCAGCAGUCGGGAGCGCUCCGCGGCCAUGGUGGCCCUGGAUGGCUUCAUCUACCGCUUCGACCUGGGCGGGGGCCGUGGCGACUCGCAGGCGGCGGAGGCCGGAGGCGUCAGCGUGUUCCGCUACCACUGCCUGGCCAAGCAGUGGAGCCGCUGCGCCGCGCACCUGCGGCCCCCGGGCGCACCGUCCAGCCUGCAGCCCUUCCGCUGCGUGGCGCUGGACGGCACCAUCUACUGCGUGAGCCGCGCAGGCACCUGGCGCUUUGUGCCCCCGCAGGACAGCGAGCCUGGCGCGGACGUGGGCGCGGGCGAAGGGGGCAGCUUCGAGCCCGCACCGCUCCGCGCCCCCUUGGACGCCCGAGGCGCGCUCUUCCCGUUUGUGCUCAACUUGCCGGAGAAACCGGACCGAGGCGAGGAAGGCGCCGCGUAGGGCGGGCAGGGUCCACCUGGGCAUCUCCCUCAGGGACGCCCCCGUGGGCGGAGAUCCACUGGAGGGGGUGGGGGGCACGGUCCAUGGGGACCAUUUAAACCCUUUGAAGUUGGAAGCUUGUCGCGGGGCCUUGAAGACUUUUUGCAAUGCUGUUUUAAGGUCUGCUGCCCUAUUCUGCAUUCCCUUUUGCGCCGCUUUGCUCCACGGGGUCAAUGGCACAAUAUGUAAGGUGUGUGUAAAGAGGUGACCUUACAAACAUGGCAUGGGAAGUCGGAGGGAGAAGAGGGGAAGUGGAAGAUGGCGCCUGAGGAUGAGUGGGUGGGUCCCAGAGUGCCCAUCCAUUGUCCCGGGGGCUCAGGGGCAGUUGAGCUCC